AAUUAUACUACGACAAUGUCAUGCUCCGACAGCUCAGUGGGGAACUCAUUUUUAGUAGACUCCCUGAUAAGCGCCCGGACCGAAGGCGGCGGAGCCUACUAUCAAGGAAGCAGCGUGUAUGUUCCUCCAGCCUCGGAGUUGCCUUAUGGACUAUCUAACUGUGGAUUUUUUCCCGGACUGAGCAAACGGAACGAGGGCAACUCUCAAAAUAUGGUCCCGACUUCUAGUUCUUAUAUGCCAGGGAUGGAAGCGUGGCUGGACUCGUCGAGGUCGUGUCGAAUGGAGCAGCCCGCUGGGCAGCAGGUAGCUCCGUGCCCUUUCUCUGCGAACAUUAAAGAGGAGAACGCAUACUGCCAUUACGAACCGGAGAAGUGUCCAAAAUCGUCAAAUGCAGAAGAUCUCUCCUAUCCCAGGGUAACGUCCGGCUCCUGCCCGGCCAGCCACAGCGGCACCGUACCUGUACCUGGCUACUUCCGGCUGUCUCAAACCUAUGCAACCUCUAAGGUUUAUCACGAUGGUCAGUCGAAUCCGUCCCACUUUGUCCUGCAGCCACCGGUUCGAUUUGACACCCCUGUUUCCUUAGCUAAUUCAGUAGAGGCUGGCAAGAGGGGGAGCGAAGCUACGAGUUCCAGCUGUAUACCAUGCUCUGCCCAAAGAGACGAGGAGACGCAGGAAUCUUCAGCUGGAGAGUCGUCUUCACCCGAACCCACAGAAAACGACAAAGAAAGUCCCAGCAAAAUUAAAAAAGGAGAUACAAAAGGUGAAAAUACUGCAAACUGGCUGACAGCGAAGAGCGGUCGGAAGAAACGGUGCCCCUACACCAAACAUCAGACUCUCGAGCUCGAGAAGGAGUUCCUCUUCAACAUGUACCUGACUCGCGAGCGUCGCCUAGAGAUCAGCCGCAGCGUCCACCUGACUGACAGACAAGUCAAAAUCUGGUUCCAGAACCGCCGGAUGAAACUGAAGAAAAUGAGCCGGGAGAGCAGAAUUAGGGAGCUCACGAGCAAUUUUAGCUUUUCAUGA